UCUUCUCAAAGCUGCGCACCAAAUCUCACAUAUAGCUCUAGCAACCAAAGUGUACUACGUACUACUGCUCUGUCUCAGUCUUCGAUCUCUUCAAAUAUGGCUUCAACUGGCGUUGUGAAAGCCGGAUACUGGCUUUGCGACAGUGCAUUCCCGGUGUCCUACAUAAAAUCCUCCCUUUUCACCCAUCUUUUUGCCGCCUUUGCGGAUGUCAACCCCAAUACUUACCAAGUUACCUUUCCUACCUUACACAAGCACCAGUUCGAAAGCUUCACCCAAACUGUGCAAAUAAAAAACCCUGGAGUUAAAACCCUUUUAUCCAUCGGUGGUGGAGCCUCUGGUGUAGCUUCGACCUUAGCUUCAAUGGCUAGCAAGCAAGAAAACCGCAAAAUAUUCAUAGAUUCCUCCAUAACUCUAGCCAGGGAAAACAACUUCCAUGGCCUUUGCCUCAGCUGGCUGUACCCCUCCACGGCCGUGGAAAUGACCAAUCUGGAGUCGCUCCUCAAGGAAUGGCGAGCAGCCGUGGAAAUUGCGGCCCGGAUGACCACCAAGGCUCGGUUGCUUCUAACCGCAGAGGUAUUUUACUCGCCGGAUAUAUGCUCGGCGCGAGCGCGUUAUCCCUGUAAGGCUAUUUCAAGCUACUUGGACUGGAUCCACGUAUUGGCCUAUAACUUCUAUACCCCCAACUCGUCACCCAAAGAGACAGCACCCCCCGCACCGUUGAAAAACAAGAGAGACGUAUCACUUUGCGUGGAAGCAAGCAUCGAUACAUGGAUUACGGCAGGUGUGCAUGCCAAAACUUUGGUCCUUGGGCUUCCCUUUUUUGGCUGGGCAUGGAUUCUGAGUGAGCCCUCGCAACAUGGUUUAUUUGCACCAGCACAUGGACUGGCGCCCGUCGUACAGCAUAAAUCUGUCGACGGAUCCGUUCCUUUUGCCGGAGUCAAGAAAUUGAUCAUAGUCGACCAAAAGGCCACAACAGUUUACGAUGAGACCUACUGCACAAACUAUUGCUAUGCUGAUAGGACGUGGAUUGGUUACGACGAUUUGGAAAGUAUAAUCUCGAAGGUUACAUAUGCACGCAAGGAAAAGGAACUGCGUGGUUACUCUGCAUGGCACGUGGGCGCCGAUGAUAAUUGGUCUCUUUCUCAGAAAGCUUUCGAUACAUGGGAUAAAUCAUGAGCUAAUUAUAAGUACUGAAGGUGUGGCAGCUGCUUGAGUACCAAUAA